UGGCGCGGCAGGAAGCGGGCACAGGAGGUGGCCGUUGUCGUGGCGGCGGGCUAGGCCAAGCCUGGUGUUGUUAUUUCCCCCCGCUCCAUUCCUGGGAUUCCGGAGCCGCCGGGAUGACGCAGGCGGAGCUACGGCUCUGCUCCCUCCUGCUCCGGGAGCACUUCGGGGAGAUCGUGGAGAAAGUCGGGAACUCCCUGCUCCGGACAGGACCGCGGCCGCUGCGGCUUCUGGUAGGGGACACCGGGCUGCUCCUGGAUCAGGUGAAAAAGGCCCUUUGUGUGCUAAUCCAGCACAACCUGGUCCGGUAUGAGGUGCAGCCCCGGGGGUCUGUGGAAUAUGAGGCACAGAGCAAGCGGAUCCUGCGGCUCCUGCGCUACCCCCGCUACAUCUACACAGCCAAGACACUCUAUGGGGACCCGGGGGAGCUGCUGGUGGAGGAGCUUCUGCUUCACGGGCACCUUCCUAUGAGCUGUGCUGUUGCCAGGGUCGCUGAUCGCCUCACUGAAACCAUGGAAGAUGGGAAAACCAUGGAUUACACAGAAGUGUCCAGCACUUUUGUGCGCCUGGCAGAUACCCACUUCAUCCAGAGGUGUCCAAUAGUCGCGGAAAGCCCCCGGAACACCAAGGCGCCUCCACCCCCUGCGCCAGCCCUGGCCAUUGCCGAGAAGGACAUGUACACCGUGCCUCGGCUCAGCCUUAUCGGGAAAGGGAAGCGGAGACACUCGUGUGAUGAGGAAGAGGAGGGGGAGCACAAGGCCAAAAGGCAGAAGCAGGAGGGAGGAAGCUCAGAGACUCCCCCAGACGAUGGCAUUUACUGGCAAGUCAACCUGGAGCGCUUCCAUCAGCACUUCCGUGACCAGGCUCUGGUCAGUGCCGUGGCCAGCCGCAUGGACCAGACCAGCAGUGAGGUGGUGCGGACAAUGCUGCGCAUGAGCGAGGUGACCACAGCCUCGGGUGCAUCCCACACGCAGCCGCUCUCCUCCAAUGAGAUAUUCCGAUCUCUUCCAGCUGGGUACAACAUCGGGAAGCAGGUUCUGGACCAGUACCUGGCACUCCUGGCCGAUGAUCCGCUGGAGUUUGUGGGGAAGUCGGGGGACAGCGGUGGGGGCACCUACACCGUCAACCUGCACAAAGCCCUGGUGUCCCUGGCCACGGCCACCCUGGAGUCCAUUGUGGAGGAGAGGUUUGGCUCCCGCUGCGCCAGGAUAUUCCGCCUGCUCCUGCGCAAGAAGCACCUGGAGCAGAAGCAAGUGGAGGAUUUCGCCAUGAUCCCAGCCAAGGAAGCCAAGGACAUGCUCUACAGGAUGCUCUCAGAGAACCUGGUGUCCUUGCAGGAGAUUCCCAAGACUCCGGACCAUGCUCCAUCCCGCACCUUUUACCUGUACACAGUGAACGUGAUGGCUGCUGCUCGGAUGCUGCUUCACAGAUGCUACAAGAGUGUGGCUAACUUGAUGGAGCGAAGGCAGUAUGAGAUGCGGGAGAACAAGAGGCUCCUGGAGAAGUCCCAGCGUGUGGAAGCCAUUCUGGCUUCCAUGCAGGCCACGGGUGCUGAGGCAGCACAGCUGCACGAGGUUGAGGAGAUGAUCACAGGUCCCGAGCGGCAGCAGCUCGAAAACCUGAAACGCAACGUCAACAAGAUCGAUGCCAGUGAGAACCAGGUAGAUGAGACCAUCUUUGUGUUGGAGUCAUUCAUCGAGAGCACCAUGAAGAGGCCAUGAGGGAACAGGACAGGAGCAAGGAUACGGACACAGACAAGGACAAGGAUAUGGAUGGGGACAGGAACCAGAUGCCUCUGCCCACAAUGCUUGUGCUACUGAGGAGAAUAAAGCGGCAGUUGCUAACGCGCCUGUCUGUCAAGUGGAUGCGGGGACACAGGACAAGGGGACAUGGACACACAAGACUCAGGGGACAGGAUAUGGAUAGGGACACACAGAGGAUGCAGGACACAUGGUGAAACACAGGACACGGACACACAGGAGGACAUGCGGGACAUGGGAGAUACACAGAAGGUACAAGACACAUGGGGACACACACAUCUUCCUCCUCUCUCAUCAUUUUUGGUCACAGCAUCUCUGUCCAGCAGCCCAUUUUGCUCCAGGAGCUGACCAGCUGUCAGUUCCCCUCCAGACUGAUGAGUGCUGCUGCAGAAAAACCUGCUGAGGUGUCCUGAGGGGCACUGUGUGUUAUCUCAGGAAGUUCUGUCAGUCUUUGUGGAACAAAGCCUGUAUUGGGUCCAAGAACUUAUUCUAAUCUCUGCUACCUAAACUAUUCAGCUGUAGGAUGAAUGUUAAAAGUAAACAUUGGACUCUUAAGGGCAGAGUCUGCCACCCUCUGUAAAACCCAAGGGGAGGUUGAACAGAAAUUUUAGCAGGCAGAAGCUCGAUCCCAGGCACAGGCCCCUGACCAUUUUCCCUCUAAAAAAAACCUCACCACCCAAGUUUUCUGAUAUCAGUUUGGAGGAGGCAUUUGGCACUCCAAAAGCAGACAGGGUUCUAAGUGGUGGCAGCUUGGGUCCAGGAGAAAUCCUGCUCCAUUCAGAAUUAUAGCAGGCAGGAGCCCAGUCCCAGCAAUAGUGGUGUGAGUGUGAUCGAGUGUUUCUGAGUGUUAGUGAGUGUGUGAGAAUGUGUUUGAGUGUGUCCAAGUGUGAGUGUGCAUGUGUCUCAGGGUGUCCGACCGCACCUGAGUGUGCGAGUGUGCAAGAGUAUGUGUGUGUGUUUGUCCAGGUGUAUUUGAGUGUAUGAGAGAAUCCAAGUACGUGUGAGUGUGACUCAGUGUGAGAGUGUGUCUGAAUGUGUGUGUGCGUCCGGCUGGGUUCGGUAUGCUCCUACUGGGCAACUCUGGUAUGCUGAUGGAGCCCACCCUCCUUUUUCCCAAACUGGGGCGCUACCCAGUAACUUUUCUCUAUGAUAGUGCAGGUUUCUAAGUUGUCCUUACUAUAGCAGGCCAAAUUGACAUGCAUGUGGAAGGCAAGGGUGGAUACCGUUCGUCCGUACCUAAUUGUCUGGUAACACUUGGAACAAGGAUCAGCACUAUUUCCUUUUAUCAUAAUUAGCAAUAAGAUGAAUCCCAUGACCAUUUUCAUCCCUCCCUCAAGGCCUACGGGGUUGCUAUCAGUAGCCGAGGUUUGUUUAAUCUUCUCGGCAGCAGAGAGAACAUCCUGGGGUCCCCCACUUUGUCUUUUUCUUUUGGCAGCGUUUCUUAAUUUUGUCUUAACUUUUAGCUCUAAUAUUCCAGUCCGAGGUACAGCAGUAACAGCACGGCACUCUUUUGCCAAUACCUUCACUUUGCUUUUUGUGUUUUUCCCCCCCUUGUUCCAUUCUCAAGUAACUCCCACCAGUUAUGGUUAUCAAUUAUGAUUAUCAAUUUUGAUUUUUCCUUGUGUUUCCUUAACAGUUUCCUUAUGUUCAUUUCUUUUACAUUGGGCACAUAAUGCAAAUGGGAGAUACCCACCAUGGGAAUGACGCCACCACAACUCAGUACAAUAUGGACACUCUUUUUUUGCUAAUUUUCAGCAGAAACAGUCAUCUUCAGCUUGCUCUUGGUAUCUCGACUAUGUCAGGGCCUCCCUCACUCCCUUUCCUAGUCGAGAAACUGUCUAGAGAGGGAAUCGAGAUUUGGUCCUCCAAACCUAGAGCGGUCGGGGGGCGAAGCCCGGCCCCGGAACCGCCGGAAGGGGCUUUUGUUUGAACCUAAUGAGCAACUGCCCGGCCACACGUGGCCCACGGAGCGCGGGCCGGCGGCACCCGGUGCGGUGUGUUAGCACGGGUGGGGACCGGGAUGGCACGGGAAACGGAGUGCGCUCUCACAGACUGGGAUUCUGCCUGCUAAAAUUCCAAGCGGACCAGGAUUUCUCCCAGACGCAAGCUGCAACCACUUAGAACCCCGGCUGCCUUUGACAGUGCAAAAUGCCUCUUCCCAAAUGAUAUCGUGGAACUGGGCAGGUCCCCGAGGCAGAUUUCCGGUUCUCAGCCGCCACUUUUCACGGAACCUAUCCCUCGAUGUUGAGGACCAGCGUCCUAUUCAGCGUACUGUUUCAGGUCCCGGCCGGUCGGCGUGGUGAAGUUCAUCACCAAAGUUUGGGCGCAGAGCGGCCAGGGACCGGGGAUUUCGUCAGGCAGGGCGAUAUUUGAGGUUCCUGGGGAACACAGAGAGCCGUGGUGUAAUUGGGCACUCGAGACAAGAGCGGUGGCAGGAAAUUGAACUGUCAUCAACUGUUGUGGUCUAGAAGGACGAUUAUGUUCUGUUACUAUGUAUGAGGUUUUAUUUUGUUUUAGCAAGAGGCAGAAACCCCCCAGUGAUGCUGCAGCCGUCCCAGCCUUUAAAUACUUUGGGGAUGUGCUUGCCAGCAUUCCCAAAAGAGCACUGGGAAAGCACCAGGAAAUCACAGAACCGUUUAGGCUGGAAAAGAGCUCUGACAUCACCGAAUCCAAGCUGUGUCCAUCCCCACCUUGUCCCCAGCCCAGAGCCCUGAGUCCAGGACAGCUCCAGGGACCCCAAACCUCCCCGGGCAGCCCCUUCCAGUGCCCGGCCUCCCUUUUCAUGUGGGAAUUCCUCCCGAACUCCCCUGGUCCAGCUCCCAUCCCAUUGCUGGAUCAGAGCCUGACCCUAUUGAAUUUUGGGGUUGUCACCACAUCCUCCAUCCCGUUUUUCAGGGCAGUGACAGCGAGUACGAGGUGGACCUGGGGCACCAGAAGGGCAUCUCCCGGGCACAGGCUUACAGCUACACCGAGAGCGAUUCGGGCGAGCCCGAGCACACCCCGCUCUCCCACAGCACCUCCACGCAGCAGGGCAGCCUGUUCCGCCCCAAAGCCAACAGGACUCCCACCCCCAGACCCCCGGCAACGCCCCCAGCAGCCAGCCCGGGACCCUGUACUGCCCUCCCAGCAGCCUGGCCCCCGGCUCCAGAGCUCCCAUCGCUGGUGGGGCAGUGAGGAGCAAGUUUCUGAUUCCAUGAUUUCUGACUGACCUGUCGCAGAAAUGGUCAUCUCAGUGUGCACCCGCUUCCUGGCAAAUCCAGAUGUCACCUGGAAAUCCUAAGUGAGGAUUUCCAGCCUUGACUACACGGGAGACAGCCUUCUCAAAAUGGAACUGACCUUGGCAGAAGAGCAGCUGUGAAGGGAAGCAGAA